GCUUUAGCCAGCAAGUAUUUUGUCCAACGUACAGCUUAUCUCAGCGCUUGCUCUCUCGAUACUCUCCGGUCUUCUCCCUUCUCGUUUCUCACGGGAGCCUUCCGCUUCUCGCGCUUGAUUGGCUCUCGAUUUGCUUGACAGCAAGCAUCCCAACCUUCACGUCAUGGCUGCCGUUGCGUGUAACCUACCCACUGCAGUCAUUGUGACUGCGCGUGAAAGCUCGGGGCAACUGAGUGGCCUCUCUUCCGCGCGCCAACGUGCGAGCAUCGCGCCCCUACGAGUCGCGAGCGGCGCUCGCGCGACGAGGAGUCGAGCAGCGACGGUGAGGCGGCCGCUGGUGGUGGCGGCGGCUGCCACUGAGACCAAGAAAUCAGCGAAGCUCGACUGGGUGGAGAAGCGAAGCUUCCUCGCGAAGAACAAUGUGGUCGCCGUAAAGCCCGCGGAAGCUGCGCGCCUGGCGAAGGAGGAGGGGCACGUCAUCAUUGACGUCAGAACGGUGGCCGAGUACAACGAGGUGCACCCCGAGGGCGCGGUGGGCGUGGAGUUCUACCGGCUGAUCAAGGAGUGGACGCCGUACCACGUGCUGCGCCGCGCCGCCUUCGCCUUCUUCGGCGUGCUCAACGGCACGGAGCAGAACCCCGACUUCGUCGCGCAGGUGGCAGCAGCCGUCCCGGACAAGGAGACCCCGAUCAUUCUGGGGUGCAUGCCGGGCGGCACUCUCAAGCCCACCCAGAACUUCCCUCACGGCAAGGAGUCCAGGUCGUUGAAUGCGGCGCAUGUGCUGGUGAAGAACGGGUACAAGAAUGUGCGCCACAUCGAGGGCGGCAUUUAUGAGUACCUCAAGGCGGACCUCCCUGUGGAGUAUGUGGAGUGACCUCCUGGUGCCUGCUUAGGAGGUUUCUGGGUUUGCUAGCUAGCCAUGCGCUCUGUGUAUAUUAUAGACAGUGUUGGUAAUUGGGUACACAACAGUUCUGAAGAAUUUUGGGUAUAAAUUACUCAAUACGCUUGCUUCGGUAGGGCAGAAAGCCUGGAGGGGACUGAGAGACACUCCACUCCAGCAUGAAUGGCACCACCAGUACAC